AUGACUUUAGAAAUGUUAUUGUUUAAUAUAAUGAAUCAAAUUCAUCUUGGAUUACAAAUUUUAUAACUAGUGAUUCUGAUAUUUUUAAAUUAAAUGACUCUGAACUAUGUUAUUCAUAUUUGUCCUUAGAUAUUGCUCAAUUAGGUUUCAUUUAUGAAUUCAUAAUGUGGGGAUGGCUUCAUGUUUUUUUAGGUAGAGCAAGGAUUCUAUCAUUUAGAUAUUAGAAACUAAAUAAAGUAUUUAUGUAUUUAUAAAAUUUUUGUAGAAAUUAAUUUACUCAUAUUUAAUUUCACUAUUUUUAUAUAUACCAUAUAUGAUUUUUUAUUUUCCUGACAGAGAUAUUAAUUUCAUUGGUGUGAUAGGGUUGCCCUGCACUCCUAUUUUAAUGAUGUAUUUUUGUUUCAAUGAAAUUACUUCAAAAAGAUAAUUAAAAAAGUUAAAAAAAAAUAUAUGA